GCUAUUAGUAAUUUCUUUUAACUGCUUGAUACAUGCACGGAUAAAGGUGUUUUAAAAGGCGUACAGAUAUGAAUCGAUGCAUAAGGCAGUCUGCAUUAAAAACUAUUACUACAAUAAUAUAGCAUCGAUAGAAAACAUUCGUUUGAUAUACACAUGAUAAUUUAAACAAACGAUCGUAUUUACAUGGCAAUGCGCGUUCACAGAGAAACUUACACUGUGUUUACCGAACAGUUUCUAGUAGCCGUCGGUAUGUUUCCUUAAUUCGUACAUUUCUAUCGGAAAGGAGCGUGUCAUAUUAAGUUAACGGGAUGCGCACCUUAAGGAAGCGCGAUGUUAGAUGCGAUUGGUAAAGACAUUAUUCUAUCCGUGCGGCCGUGCCGUUCCGGGAUUACAGUGACGUCACAUUGAUACCCUUGCAUGGAUGAAUGCUAAAGAACUAUAGAGGCACAAAUAAUAGCACAAGCAGAGUCCAUAUCUUGCAAGUCUUAGGAUAUCCUUUAAGCCCUCUUCAGCCAAGGCACAAUAAUAUUUUUUGUGGCUGAUGCAGUUUAAUAUUGUUUGCUACUCUUUUUCUUUGGAGGAUUAUCUACAUACAUCUGUGUAUGUGAAAACUAUUUGCUGCUUUAAACAGCUUCAAGCCUUCUUCUUAAGUGCAGUCAUCUAUUAUUGACAAAAGGCCGUGCGUGGAAAUGUCUGUGAGAAUGUGCAUUUGAAGUGCAUUUGGUUAUAAUCGAUCAAAGGGAAGAUAAUUGCUGAUGGUAACAAAAGAAGCAGCCAUGUCUUUCUCGCAGUUCGGAUAUCCUUAUAAUACAACUUCACAGUUUUUCGUGUCGGCAAACCCCAGUACGACUUGCUGCGAUUCGAUUUCCAGGUCGGUCUCUGAUGGGUCCGGCGGUUCCCAGACUGCAGCUGCGUUUUGCUGCCCUCCUUACGAGAACCGACUGCUGGCGAGCACACGGGGCGAGCUGAACGCGGCUCUCGGGAUGUACGGCUCGCCUUACGCGGCAGCAGGCGGUCAGAACUACGCCAACUACUUCCCAUACAGCACAGACCCCUCGGCGCUCUACUCCACGCUGACCCCACAGUACGACAUCAAGGAUGGCGCUGGGAAUUUGCACUCGUCCAUCACCCAAUCGGCUGCCUAUUAUCCCUACGAUCACUCUCUAGGGCAGUACCAGUAUGACAGGUACGGAACCGUAGACUUCAACGGAUCGUCGAGGAGGAAGAACGCCACGAGGGAGACCACCAGCACCCUAAAAACCUGGCUUUACGAGCACCGCAAGAACCCGUACCCCACCAAGGGGGAGAAAAUCAUGCUGGCCAUCAUCACCAAAAUGACCCUCACCCAAGUGUCCACCUGGUUCGCCAACGCCAGGAGAAGGCUAAAGAAGGAGAACAAGAUGACCUGGGCGCCCAAGAAUAAAGCUGGGGAGGACAAAAAAGAUGACCUUGAGAAAAGCGAGCAGGAGUGUGUCAGCAAAGACUCCAAGGUGUGUAAGGACGACAAGGGCCUGCGGUUGAGUGACUUAGAAGACAUGGACGAUGAGGACUGCGACAAGCUCGGUGAUGACUGUGAGAAAGGCUCCCGUGAACAGCAAGACCUUAACUCCAGUUUGCCUGGGGAGCCCGCAAAGAGGGACUAUGGCAGCACCCUGACUUUCCCCAGCUGCUUCCACACGUUCGGCAGCAAUAACAAGGGCGCGGCGGCAACAGCGUCCGACUUCCUGGGCCCCUGUGUAGGCAAAGUGCCGGCUGCGGCCCUGCCGCUGUUUCAGGCAGCGGGGAAGUCCCUCAUCUGGUCACCGGCGCGGACCGCAGACGUUAGCGUACCACCAGGUGCCUCGCAUGACGGUGAACUCAUAACCGAGGCUCUCGGGAUGGACUGCCGGCUCCAGACAGCCAGGCCCCCUGCAUCCAGUGCUGGCCAGUGUGGGGACACGGCCGGUCAGCGGGAACCCGUGACUGUAGCCCCCGCAGCAAGCUCGUUCCACGAGGGACCAUCCUCCCACAGCAAAAGCUACGGCCACUCCAGCUUUAACCAGAAGAGCCUGCACAGCAGAUCCUACUCCCUGCUCCCGGACACAUGCCAGUACCUGUCAAUGGAAGGAGCCCCAAGAGCACUGACUCGCUAGCCAGAAUCCACACCGGGAGCCCUAACCACACGCAUCUGCUCUGUCUGCUCUUCUUACAUUUAACAGAUGCAAAUAUUUGCUCUGCUUACACUUUCUGAUUGCCGACUCCUGCAACAUCUCAUGCAGAAAACCUGUAUUGUGUUUCUAUAGGACAUGAUUUGAGUUUUUCCCCCUAUGCUAAUAUUUUGAAACUUAUUGUGUUGGACCCACUUAAUCUGAAAAGAUAGGAUGUAUAUUAUUGGCACACGCAUAUAAACUUUGUUAUUCAGUUACAUGAUUUUUCCUUAAUAACAUUUCACACAACAUUUUUAUUUGAUUUACUGUGGUGAAUCAAAUGACCAUUAAAAAAAAAUGUUUAUUAUGUGAUUAUUCCGAAGUAUUCGAACCAUCGCUAUAUCUGCCCUUGUGUCAACUAUACAAAUAUAAUCAAGCAGAUACCUGCACGCGCAGGCAAAUCCACACACUGAUUUCGCUUUUUAUUUACUACUGAUUUUACUGCAGUUACUUAUUCGUAACCCAUCAAGCAGGCAGAAUUGUUUGAUUAAAUUUUCUGCAUUUGAAGUUCAACGUUGACAAAACCUUUCCUUCAUCGCUUCUCGUAUAUUAAGAUAAAUCCAAAAUAUUUCGCAAGCACUAAGCUUUUGAAGGAUUGCUUACACCUUGAAAUACAUUAAAAGUUGAAGUUUAAAACUUUAUUUAAAGACACAGACCCACAAUAUGCCCUAAAAUCAAAUGACUGCUUCCGGUUUCCAGGAAAGUCCAUUAAAUGCAAUUUAAAAACGGGGUCGAGGUAAAUUACAGAAAAACACAAUCAUACUUAUGCAUAUCCUGUAUUUAAUUUAAUAGAAUAACUGAUCUGCUUCCAGGGCCUGCAGUUUCAAAUUCGCAAUUGCUGCUGUAUCUUUAUAUAUAUAAUAUGUGACUUUUUCCUUUACUCUGUUGGCCAACGUGCAGUUUUCAAACGGUGGGACACCAAUACAAAUUAUGCACUGUGGACCGGCGAUUUAGAAACGAUCUUCCAAGCCGUCAGCUGUGAACAGUUUAAACAUUUUGAACGCUGUCAGUGUUAGACGUUUUUUGCGACUGUAGAGGCAGCCCCGACUUUUGCACAAUGUUGUUUUUACGGUCAUGUGGACUAUGUGAAAGAUAUAUAUUUAAAAAACGACUGAUGUAUGCACUUGGCAAUCGUAGUCGGGCAAUUUGAACAAUUAAUUUAUUUAAUUUAUGAACCAUUUUGUAAUGUGUUUUAAGUUGUUAAAUUUUGCAUCGUUUCGAAGUUGCUUACAUGUGAUAAGUGUAAUUUGUUUCAAUUUGAUUGUUAGCUUAUAAUGCAGGUACUUUUGUUUGUUGUUUGUUGCAUAUGGAAUGGUAUACUGUACUAUAUUGCCUGUCAGUGUAUAAAAUAAUAUCUGUGUUUAUUUUGGUUGUGGGAAAGCAUU